UAUAUAUAUAUAUAUAUGUAUUUAUAUAUAUUAUAUUUUUCUCGAUUAGAAGAGUAACCACGACAAGAGAAUAUCCAGUUGAAUUUAGAAUUUGUGAAUGUGCGGUGAGAAUCCUUUGUCUUACCUGUUCCUUCCAAUCUUAUUGUUAUCAUCAUCAUCAUCGUCAUCAUUAUUAUUAUCAUUAUUAUUGUUAUCGUAUCGUAUUAGUGUUAUCAUUCGUUUCUAUUACUCGACUUUGUUUGAAGUGUUCGUAAUUGGUGAUUUUUCUACGAUAUCAUCCUUUCUUAAUUCUCCAUAUUGUUUUCUAAUAUAAAUCACGAUGGAAUUCUUAUAUGAUGGAACAUUUAAUGUAGUGCUACGAUAAGGAAUCGAUCAGAUCAAAGGAACAAAAGGAUCGUCAUAACUCUUUGUGUCUUCAGUCUGAAAAUUUCUAAGAAAUUUUAGCGAUCAAGUAUACAGAAGAUGGAUGUGCCAAAUGCAACACCUAUAAUACCAACAGCCUCGUUGGAGUUGAAAACAAGGAGAGCUCAGUUCCAAACGCAAACUUCGACCUUGGAUACGAGAAGAAGGCAAGCGGUUUGUGUUAGAAGGGCAUGUAAAAAGUAUGGACCGAAAAAAAAUUCAAACAUUGUUCUUGACGGGCUCAACAUGACAGUGCCUAAAGGUGCAAUUUAUGGUCUCCUUGGUGCCAGUGGUUGUGGAAAAACUACAUUAUUAUCCUGCAUUGUGGGUCGAAGACGUCUUAAUUCCGGAGAAAUUUGGGUAUUAGGUGGUAGGCCAGGAUCAAAGGAAUCAGGUGUACCUGGUCCACGAUUAGGAUACAUGCCACAAGAAAUUGCACUUUACAAUGAAUUUUCGAUAAAAGAAACAUUUUUAUAUUUUGGCUGGAUCGCAGGUAUAUCGACCGAACAGAUUGACGAGAAAUUAGAAUUCCUUUUAAAGUUCUUGGAAUUACCAUCGGAGAAUCGUUUUAUAAAGAAUCUUUCUGGUGGACAACAGAGAAGGGUUUCAUUUGCUGCAGCAUUAUUGACAGAUCCAGAACUUUUAAUACUUGAUGAGCCAACCGUAGGAGUUGAUCCUGUUUUACGUCAAAAUAUUUGGAAUCAUUUGGUUCAUUUAACGAAAGAUGGUAAAAAGACAAUAAUUAUAACGACACAUUAUAUCGAGGAGACCAGGCAAGCUAGUAUAAUUGGACUGAUGAGAGGAGGUAAAUUUCUUGCUGAAGAAUCACCGACUAAGCUAAUGGAAAUGCAUAGAUUGGAUACUCUGGAGGAAGUCUUUUUAAAACUCAGCAAACGUCAGAACAUGGGUCUCAGAAGGAGAAGUAGUAUUCUCAGUAGUGUUACAGGUGUCCCACCGGAAAUUGACGUUGAUGACGAGAUGAGUGGCGAGUUUGGUGACAACGUUAGUAUUUCUAGUCGAAGAAGGAGCAUAGUAGUUAUGGAUGACGGAAAUUUACCGGAAUUACCACCGGAGGAAAAAAGUUCAUUUAAAUUCAGCAUGUUAAAUCCACAACAUAUGAAGGCAUUAAUCUGGAAAAACUUUUUAUGGAUGUGGAGAAAUGUUGGCAUGAUGGCGUUCAUCAUUGGUUUACCGGUAAUACAAAUCGUCUUAUUUUGUAUCUCUAUCGGAAAGGAUCCCACUGGUUUGAAAAUAGCAAUCAUAAACAAAGAACUUAAGAAUAGUACGGACAUGUGUAUACCAACGUUUGGCUGUGAUACCUCACAACUGAGUUGUCGAUUCUUGGAUCAUUUAAAGAAUAGAUCUGUGAUCUUUUUACCUUAUGAAACUGAAGAAGAAGCCGAGUAUGCCGUACAAAAGGGCUUGGUUUGGGGUGUUAUAUCAUUUCCAGAAAAUUACACGGAAGCUCUAAUUACAAGGAUAAAAUAUGGCAAAGAUGUGGAAGAUUGGGAUCUUGUAUACUCAUCGAUGAACAUCAUUAUGGAUAUGUCGAAUCAACAAAUCGGCCAACUCUUGCAAAGGAGUAUCCUGUAUUCUUAUUUCGAUUUUGCUCGUGACGUUACUGUUGCAUGUAACUACAGUGAAAAAUUGACUAGCAUACCUUUAGAUUUUAGAACACCGAUCUAUGGACCACUGAAUCCAAAUUUCACUGACUUUGCAGCACCAGGAAUUAUUUUGACUAUUAUCUUUUUCCUAUCGGUUGCUAUCACAUCCGGAGCAAUGUUACUAGAAAGGAACGAAGGUUUAUUGGAGAGAAGUUUGGUGUCUGGUAUAACUGGUCCUGAGAUAUUAUUUGGUCAAGUGAUAACGCAAUUCGUGGUAAUGACUGGACAAACUCUAAUGGUAUUGAUUUUCAGCUUCGCUGUGUUCAAAGUUACUUGCGAGGGUAAUAUCGGCUGGGUUUUAUUGUUAACUAUACUCACAGGAUUAUGUGGAAUGUGUUUUGGAUUUGUUAUAGCUUGUUUCUGUGAAAAUGAAAGAAGUGCAACUUACGUUGCAAUGGGAUCCUUCUUACCGAUAGUUAUGUUAUGUGGAAUAAUUUGGCCAGUCGAAGGAAUGCAUCCUGCUCUUAGUUAUAUCAGUUUUAUUCUUCCAUUAACGAAGAGUACCGAAUCAAUGAGAACUAUGUUAGCUAGAGGCUGGAGUAUAUCACAGUCUUCAGUCUACAAUGGUUUUAUUGCCACUUUUAUCUGGAUUACUAUCUUCCUUACUCUCGCUAUAUUAUUAAUUAAAUUUAAGAAGGGAUAG